CGCCUCGAUGCGAGCACGGUCGUUUGCGGCCGCCGUGUAGUCGUAUGCGUAUACGUCCUCACGCGACCCGUCGAGGGGGCGAGCAGUCGUCGCCAUUGUGGUUGGUAGCUGGUUUCUAGCAGAAAAGAGUGAAUGCGAGAGAGUGACUGCAAGAGCAGGACCAGAAGGCCCUUAGUAGUGCUCAGAGCCAGAUCAAGGGAACCAGAAUUGACCGUCCCCUCAACCAUCCCCGCCUGGACCCCUACCAACCAGACCAGCAGCCAGACAUCGUGAAUCAUAGCCAAAGAUAUGCCUCCCAAGAAAAAGGCCAAAGAGGCACUCCCGCCGCCUGUGAAGCAGCCGCCCAAUUGGCCCGCCUUCACGCCUCUCGUCCCAGAGUCUGACCUCUCCCUCACCGAAGUGGUACCACGUCAAAUCGUGACAAUCCCCAGCCUGUGGACAGCCACAUUAUGCAAGACCUACGUUUCCUUCCUCUCCUCCCUGCCAUUGACCACGACGCCCGGCAAGCCCAAAAAGGGCGACGCCGUGCGCGUGAACGACCGCUUCCAAAUCGACGACCCAGCAUUCGCAGAGAGACUAUGGAGCGAGACAGCCCUGAAGAACCUCGUCCUCAGUGACGCCGCAGAAGGGGGUCUCGACCUAACAGCAGCCCAGCGGCGAGAGCUCUGGGGCGGUGAAGUCAUUGGGCUGAAUCCAAACAUCCGCAUCUACCGCUACUCAAAGGGCCAGUUCUUCGACCAGCAUUACGACGAUUCCAACAACGUGACGGUGCCUGGUUCCCCGCCAGUUCCUGCACGUACCACAUGGACUCUGCUGCUCUAUCUCACUUCUCCGGCUACGGGAUGUAUUGGCGGGGAAACCGUCUUCUACCCUGACCCGCCUAAGAAGAAGAGCAAGGACCCAUUGCCUGAGCCGUUCGUCGUUGAGCUUGAGACUGGUCUUGCGCUGCUGCACCGCCAUGGCGCGGACUGCAUGCUGCAUGAGGGGCGCGAGGUAGUGCAGGGCGAGAAAUGGGUCAUUCGAAGCGAUCUGUGUGUUCGGCGUUGA